AUGUCCUUCGCCAUCCGCAACCUCUCCAGGCAAGUCGCCCGUGCGCCUUCGCGCCUCCACGCAAGGCCCCGUACUUUUGCCACUGCCGACAAGUCCGUCGCCAACAAUGCUUUCGAGAAGUACCUCCAGGAGGAUAAGGCUUUGACUCACCACGCUCAAGAGACCACCGAUCUCUGGAGGAAAAUCAGCUUCUACGUGUGUAUUCCAGCCAUUGCUGUCUGCGUUGCUUGGGUAUACAACGCGGAGGUUGAGCACGCCGCACAUAUCGAACACCUCAAGCACGAGAACGGUGGAGAACUCCCCGAAACCCCUCUUUACGACUACCUUAACAGGAGAUCCAAGCCCUUCCCUUGGGGAAAUAACUCUCUUUUCUUCAACCCUAAGGUCAACAAAGACAUGAGCGAGUAA